CGAGGCGAGGCGAGGGGGUGAGGGUGCGGGCCUGCGUCUCCCUGCCCGGUACAAACAGCGCUAAUUAGUGCUGCAAAGGCGGGCAGUAUAUGGUAAUGCCAUGCUAACGCAUGCACCCCGGCUCCUGCACAGGCGUGGGGGCCCUGCGGGCCUGGGCCCAGCGCAAAAGCCUGUUCUUGCAAGUCCGUGCCAACUGCUGGUGCAAAGGCACGCUACUGUUCGUUAAUUGAGUGCUAAUGUGUGCAAGGAAGAAGCAGGCAGGAGCCUUCCGGGCUGGGGGGUCGCAGCCCAGGAUCCUCCCCAGAAGCAGGCGCCUCGAAAGGCCCAGGGCCGUGUCCUGGGCAGAGCCGGGUGCCUGCACCGACCACGGCCGCCCCGGGCUUGCACCGCGUGUCCGGGGCCUGCAGCCGGAGAAAGGGAGAAGAGGCGCCACGGAGCAGCGGUGGAAGCAAACCCACGCGUGCAAUGGUGCGUCUCCGCCCUGCGAGUCUGCAGCCCCAUGCGCUGGCGCCAGGGGGAGGGUUGCUCUUUCGGAUCUCACCCUGGGGCAAGAUGGGCCGUGCAAACCCUCCCGUGCAGACCCCAAGCCCCUGCCAUGGCUUGUCCAGGGGGAACCCCAGAUCCAGUGGAGCAGAGAGAUGCCUCUGGGACGGGGCCGCGCCACCUGCUAGGGAAGCCUGAACCCCCUCCCGCUUUGGGGCGGGGACUGGAUGGGGGAACAGCGCCCUCCUCUCCAGGGUGCUGCAAGGCGGAGGGGGAGAACCCCCCGGAGCCCCACCUUCGUGCCUUGGGGGAAACCGAGGCAGCAGGAGGAGCUGUGGAGGACGCGCACCGAAGACGACUCCCAGCCCGGCACGGACAGGCAGUGCAAUCGCGGGCCCGGGGCCCCGCUCGGCUCGGCGCCGGGUUCCAGAACGCGGCGGUGGAACGCGCCCGUCACUGCGGAGACUCCUCCGUCCACACAGCAACAAGGGGCCACGGCGCCCCGGGCCCCGCGCCUCGAGAGGAGCACCCGCUGCCGCCUGCUCGCCCCGCCGCGGACCUGAUGUUCGGGCCUGGGCUCUGGUCCUGGUGGGCAUCGCGCUGUCCCCACGGCCGUCCCGGGCCCCGCGCCUGCUGCCUUUCCCUGUGCGUGCGCAGGCGGAUGCGGCGCCAUGAAGAGCUCGUCUAGGCACGAGGCGGACAGGAAGACGCUCCUGGAGCAGGCCCGGGAGAGCAAGGAGAACGGCUACCUGCUCUCCGCCAAGAAGAUCGGUGCCGGCGCCUUCUCCAAGGUGUACCUGGCCCACGCGCUGCCCGACAAGGUCCGGCACAACUGCAAGCUGGCCGCCGACCUGCGCGGCAAGCGGCACUCCAUGGUCGCCAUCAAGAUCAUCUCCACGGCCAAGGCGCCCCUCGAGUACGCCAGGAAGUUCCUCCCGAGGGAAAUCUACUGCCUCAACGCCACCUACAAGCACGGGAACGUGAUCCAGCUGUACGAGACGUACCGGACCAGCAAGCGCACCUACCUGGUGCUGGAGCUGGCGGCCCGCGGGGACCUCCUGGAGCACAUCAACGCCACCUCGGACCUGCGGCAGCGCCCGGGCCUGGAGGAGGGGGAGGCCCGCCGGCUCUUCCGCCAGAUCGUCAGCGCCGUCGCCCACUGCCACGGCGUCGGCGUCGUGCACCGAGACCUGAAGUGCGAGAACAUCCUGCUGGACGAGCGCGGCUUCAUCAAGCUGACAGAUUUCGGGUUCGCCAGCCGCUGCUCGCUGAAGACCGGCCUGAUGAGCACGUUCUGCGGGUCCGUGGCCUACACGGCCCCCGAGAUCCUCAUGAGCAAGAAGUACAAUGGGGAGCUGGCCGACCUGUGGAGCCUCGGGGUGAUCCUCUACGCCAUGGUGACGGGCAAGCUGCCCUUCCGGGAGCGCCAGCCCCACAAGAUGAUCCACCUCGUCAAGCAGGGCGUCUCCUUCCGCCAGGCCGUGUCCCCAGAGUGCCAGGACCUGAUCCGGGGGCUGCUGCAGCUGAAGCCCGGGGCCCGGCUGGGCCUGCAGCAAGUGGCUGCGCACUGCUGGAUGCUGCCCGCUGCCUCGGCCAUCUUCCACCCAGUGCCCAGCUCGGGCCCCGAGAGGACGUCCACGCACGGCGAGGGCGGAGGCCACGCCACCGCGCUGUCGGACCCGGAGCGCAUGCCCCAAGCCUCCGCGGGCCUCGGGAAGGGAGCCCAGGGUCUGCCAGCCCCGCGCACCCGCUCCACGCAGGACGCUGGCCCCAGCCCGGCGGAGACGGCCUCCAAGCGGCCACCCCCCGGCUGCCGCCUCCAGGCCGAUCGCCCGCCACGGCUGUCCCUGGCGCGGCCCAGCCUGCUCUCCGCUUUCCGGCCCUUCUGCCAACUGCCCAACUUCCGCAAGCCCGGCUCGGCCGUGUCUGCCAGCGCCUACACGGGGGGCCAGCGGCUGAGCGCGGCGGGGACUGGCGUGCCAGGUAGCGGCCCCUCCAAGCCGGCCGUGUCCCUCUACUCCCUGUCCCUGCUCCGGAAGCUGGCGCCGGCCACCAGCACCUGCCAGGAGAGCCCCGAGCCCUGCGCCGCCCGCGCCGGGACCUGCCUCGCGGACACGGACAAGCUGCCACGGACAGGACCCAGCAAGGACCAUUAAAUGUUCCCCGGAGCAGAGCGCUCUCUCCCCUGCGCACUGCUGCAGGACCAGGCCGGCUCCUACCCCACGGCACGCACCCGGCCCAGGGCAGCCCGUUGCAUUCGUGCCCCCACCGUGGGAUGCGAGGGCAGAAGAGCAGCCCUGGCCCAGAUGCCACAGUGAUGGGCAUGUGCCACGGUGCACAUAGGGGUCUGGCUGGCUCGGACCCACGGGUGUGGAUGCACAGCCCCCACCGGGGCAGGGUCCCCAGCUCCGUCUACGCAACGGGCGCAGCAGCUGGGUCUGUCAGGGCUUUUUUGCUGCUUCCCAACCAGGGUCCAGCUGGCGCAGGCAUGCCUGGUGUGCUGCGGGGCCAGGGCAGGAUGAACCCACGUGCAGGGAUGCCCCAGGUCCGUCUGGGGGCUGAUAGAGAUGCAGGGAGGCGCGGUGAGGGAACGAGUUAUGUGCAGGUUUGGGACCGCACAUUUCAAAAGCCCCAGGAGGCACCUGGGGAGCAGGACCCGGGCACUGGCGCUCCAGGUGACACGAGCCCUGGCCCAGCACCAGCUCCUGCCC